GAAAAAAACAAAGACAAUCCUCACCAAACGCCAUCUUGAAACUGUGGCACUGGUCACAGAAGAGGAAAACGUUGAGAAUACUGCACGCUUGGGAAAAUGCUGUACUGCCGUUCUUGUCUUGGAUACGCUCAUGAUUUGACAGCAGCGUGUUGACUAAACGAAUUAACUGUUGAUCUCAUGUGUGUUUCCCAACGACGUUUCUGAUUAAAUCUUGGUUGCUCCAAAGCUGCAAUUGGAUACGAUUUUUACAGACACUGCUUGCCAGCUUUUACCGAAUGCAUAACUAGCUCGCAAAAGUCAACGGACAGAACACGUUGCAAUCCAUUGGGAAGGGAAAAUACAAUGUUUCUGUUUGGAAUCGGAUUAUGCGCUAGCAUAAACGUUACAUUUUGGAAGGUGAAGACAGCGUUGUGAGGACCAAGAAAUUAGAUGUAUCAAAUAUAACGUUAGUCCACGACAUGCGGUGUAUUGAAACGUCUUAUUUAGCUAACGUUAGAUAAUUUACGAUGACUAGAAAACUGUGUCAUUUAAACUACCUGAUGCUAGCUAACGUACACAUUUUAAGAUUGAGGGUUAAUUAGCUAUGUUCCAUGAGAUUGUUGCUAAAUUUACCUGGUUUAGUCUAAUUAGGUAAAAUAACAAUGUUAAACAAUUGGAAAUCGUUAGUAAUAUUGCUAGCUACUAGUAGUACUGUAACAUGCUAACUAACGUUAGACCAACCUGCAACAAGUCAGUCAAUAGCUAUGGUUUAAACCAUUUUGUAGUCUCUAGCUAGCUACACAAGUAUCACCUCUUCCAUAUUUGUGGACAUAAUUCGUCAGGACCUUCAACGGUGUAACGUAGUAGCAAGCCUCUUGGCUGGCCAGUGGAUAUUUUGGACUGGGUCUUCUCAACAAACACCUGUCAGCUGGAAAACCUUCAUAACACACAGUGGAGGAGCAAACCUUUGCAGCUGUGUGUUGUGUUUAUUUCCCGGAAAUAAAAGGAUUUCAAUUGGAUUGAAAAUGGGAGCCGCUAGCGAGCUGGCGUUUGCUGUUUUUCUCAUCUCGUUUUCCUCAGGUGCAAUCCUGGGUCGCUCUGAGACACAGGAGUGCGUUUACUACAACUCUAGCUGGGAGAAGGAGCGAACCAACCGCAGUGGCAUCGAGCCUUGCUACGGAGACAAGGACAAGAGGCUCCACUGCUUCGCCACCUGGAAAAACACUUCAGGAACCAUCGAGAUCGUCAAGCAGGGCUGCUGGCUGGACGAUGUCAACUGCUAUGACAGUAGUGAAUGUGUGGAGACGAAAGAGAGUCCGGACGUUUUCUUCUGCUGCUGCGAAGGCAACAUGUGUAACGAGAAGUUCCUAUACAGCCCCGACACGCAGGCUGUCCAAAGUAAGUCAUCAUCGACCUCCAACCCGUUUACCCAGAAGCCUCAGCUGUUCAACACCCUGCUGUACGCUCUGGUGCCCAUUAUGGGUGUCGCCGCCAUCAUCCUCUUCUCUUUCUGGAUGUACCGGCAUCACAAGCUGGCAUACCCGCCCGUCCUGGUGCCAACACAGCACGCCUUUCAUAUAAUGAUAGAGGAACAACUGGGGCCCCACACCCCUCCCUCGCCCAUCAUGGGGCAGAAGCCAUUGCAGUUGAUCGAGAUCAAAGCCAGGGGCCGCUUCGGCUGUGUGUGGAAGGCUCAGCUCCUCAACGACUACGUGGCUGUCAAGGUCUUCCCCAUUCAGGACAAGCUGUCAUGGCAGAACGAGUAUGAGAUCUACAGCCUGAGUGGGAUGAAACACGAGAACCUGCUCCACUUUAUCGGUGUGGAGAAGAGAGGCAACAACAUGGACAUAGACCUCUGGCUCAUCACAGCCUAUCACGACAAUGGCUCUCUGACUGAUUACCUGAAGGCCAACGCGGUGUCGUGGAACGAGCUGUGCCACAUCGCCCAGACCUUGGCCCGUGGCCUGGCCUAUCUCCACGAGGACAUCCCUGGGCUGAAGGACGGACACAAGCCCGCCGUCGCACACAGGGACAUGAAGAGCAAGAACGUGCUUCUGAAGAACAACCUGACAGCCUGCAUAGCGGACUUCGGCCUGGCCCUGAAGUUUGAAGCUGGGAAGUCAGCAGGAGACACCCACGGACAGGUGGGCACGAGGCGCUACAUGGCCCCUGAGGUGCUGGAAGGGGCCAUCAACUUCCAGAGAGACUCCUUCCUGAGGAUAGACAUGUACGCCAUGGGGUUGGUGCUGUGGGAGCUGGCCGCUCGCUGCACCGCUGCAGACGGUCCUGUGGAUGAGUACACACUGCCCUUCGAAGAGGAGGUCGGCCAACACCCGUCUCUAGAGGACAUGCAGGAGGUGGUCGUCCACAAGAAGCUACGGCCCUGCCUCAGAGAGUGCUGGCAGAAACACACAGGCCUGGUGAUGCUCUGUGAGACCAUCGAGGAGUGCUGGGAUCACGAGGCCGAGGCGCGGCUCUCGGCGGGCUGCGUGGAGGAACGCAUCAUACAGAUGCAACGCCAGACCAACAUCAUCGCCCCCGAGGAGAUUGUCACCGUCGUCACCAUGGUGACCAACGUGGACUUCCCUCCCAAAGAGUCCAGCCUAUGAAUGGACGGACAUUGACUGGACGUGUCAGGUGGUGGACAUGGAGCUAUUUUGAUUGGAUGUUUUCAGGUAUACAUUGAUCGACCAGAGUGGCCCAUUCAGGAUCAUGAACUCUGGAUGAUCCCGGGUUAAUCUCUGACCCCUGACCCCCUCAGAUGGGCGUGCUGGCAUGGCGUGGUGUGUUUUAGUGCUGGGCGCUACACUACUGUCAUUCAGGAAAUACCUGGCUGUGCCCACCGACACUGGUUUGGUUUCUACCCACUUCAUAGUAUCAUGAUGUGUUGGAUUCAGUUGGACUCCCAUAGCGAGCCUCAAACUGUAAAACAGAAUCCUUCAAAAGAACAACACUAGGUCGUAACGAACCCUGUGAGUUGGGCAAAAGGGAUAUUUUAUAUAUGAAGAAAACACUAGGACCUCCUAACAGACUUCUGUUCUAUUUUCUAAGAAAAAGAAGAGGAAGAGGAUGGACUCUACAAGACGAACUGUCACGGCUCAGUAAAGAAAAAAGGGCAACUUGUUUUAAAAUUCCUUUGCUGUUUUCUUUCUGUGUUUAUAUGAUAAUGAUAAUGACAGUUGUAAUGCCAAUAAGAAACAGCUUCUGAAUGUCACGUGUACUUCUGCUGUACAUAAUAUCAAAACAAGGGUAAUCGAGGUUUGUUUUAGGGGGGGGAUCCAUUUCCAAGCGUUACUACUUUGAAAGCAAAACCAUAGACCUCCCUCAAAUCAACAAGGUAUACCUCAGUUCCAUCUUCAUUACAACACUGCGACUCUAGAAACAGAACUACUAUUGUUUCUAGUUCUAUUAAGUAUAUUUCUAUGACGACAACAACCUCUGUAAACCACAUCAUUACUUUGGUAUUAUUGAGCUGUAUACUGUACAGCUGUGGCAGGUGAAAAUAGAAUCAUUAUCACCACACUUUUUAAAACUAGUCCACCAAGAGAUGUAUGACCAUACAUUUACACACGUAUAUCUGCCUUCUUGUUUUUCUUCUUUGCAAUAUAUUUUUUGGGGGUGCAUUAUUUUGUCCUUCCUUGCGGUUUUAAUUAGUUUUUUAUUGAAAACAUGUUAAUCCUAUAUUUUAAGAGUAUUUCAAUAACCCCCUAACUCAUUGAAAAAGAUUUUUAAAAAGCACUUCCUUAUUUUGGCUUGCUGUGUCAACCGAGUAUUUAAUGAUGUGAGCAUGCCUUUUGGUUAUCCUUUGGUCUUCUUUUUAAAAAAAAGCUCAGGAAGCUACUCUUCUGUCUCUCUUGACUCCCUAGUUAUUACCUAUCUGCAUCACCCAGUCCCUAGCUACUUCUCCAGUCCCUUGCUACUACCCCUCUGUCUCUUCUUGUCCAUAGUUACUACCCUUCUGCCUCUCCAGUCCCUAGCUACUACCCUUCUGCUUUGAGAUGCGGGUGACCUUUCACACUGACUCUCUCUCUUCCUGGUGCCAUCUCAAACAUAGUGUUAAAACAUCUCUACUUCUAGCCUCUCUAUCAUCUCAACUCGGUUGAGCCUUUAAUCAGUGUGACGACAUGACUACUGUAGACCCACCCCGGGCCAAACAAGGAUGUCUCUCGUCGUCCUUCCGGAAUUAGAUUUGUGAAUGUGUUCUAUAUUCCAUUUCUAGCUUGUUGUAUGAGCUCAGACUUGUCUCCUGGGUGACAUUGACACUGAUGAUGAUGCGUUCAUCUUUGCGUUCUCUCUUUUCACACCUAGUCAGUGUUUUAACUGGAACUACAACAUCUUCAACAACGUUCAGGGAUUCAAUACUAUGCUUUUCAGUAAUUACUACAGUAUAUGCAACCCGUGCAGAAUCGUGCAAGUGCGUACGUACUUGCAUUGCUGCAGGAGCGACUUUCACACCACUGUAGCAUUUUCUAAACAGUUCAUCUUGUCUAUUGAUGUUUUAUUGAUUUGUUGAGCUGAGCUUUUGGGUAUUAGACAGAGAGCAGGUGGGCAGGUGCCAACUCAAACAAUUAUUACUUUACCUCUAUCUGAAAGACAGUGGAACGGACUUAGGGAAGGCCCAACUGUAUUACUAGAUUGUGUCUGUACUCUUGGGGGUAAAGGCUGCAUUUGGCCAGUGGUCUCGCAGCGGAUGUAGGCUCUUAUCGCUAUUCGUCUUUCCUUGAUUCCUCACAUCCCAUCUCCUUGCCUAAUAUGGUUGAGGAGGAGGAGAGGGGAUGCGAAGAUUCAAGGACAUUUGAAUUGAGAAAGCCAUAGAAUGGUGGCCGUUACUGUGAAUCCCUCCCUCGCUACACACUGGAACCCUGUAGUGCUCAGCAAUAGCAACUAGCAAGCAAAGGGCAUUGGAGGAAGAGUGGAAGGGGCACAAGUUUCCAAGCAGUUAGUGGUGAACCAACAGUCUGAUAUACAAUCACUACACUACUACUGCAUUAUUUUGAUUGUCGUAUGUGCUUCUGAGAAGAAGAAUAAAAUAUGUAGCCAUGUUGUGAUCCUCUGAUGAUUUCUGGUAUUUUGAGGGUAUAAUUUUGUGUACCUGAUUUUAUUUUUAUACCACAGCUACUUGUACAGAGCUGAUUUCACUGUACAGACGUUUUAAACCCCCGAACCACACUACAAUCUUCUUAGUUGAUCAGACCUUGGCCUUCUUGUGAGAGUUGAUUUCUUUCAGAUAAACUUCAGAAAGCCCAAUAACAUUUGAGUUCAGAUUGACUGGAAUAUUGAAAUGCACAUUAUGUAAAUAUACAUGUCAUUUUUAGAUUGUAGAUGAUGGAUAUAGCAUGAGGUUGUUUCUAUUGUUUUUAGAAUAUAUCACAAAGAAGAAAAAAAAAUCCCUGAUAAAAUAAUUAUUAAAUAAUAAGAUUGUACCUGUUUAUUUUGUAUAUCUAUGUUUUUAAAUUGUAUCAAUUUAUGGCCCAAAUGGCCCGAAACGGUCACUCUUCCUUCCCCAGAUGAGACUAAUUUCUUUCUAAGGUGGUCUGAUGAAAAUUCCCUCAAAUGGAACCCUGAAUCAACAGUUAUACCAUUUUCACACUACUGAGUUGAGCCUAACUAAGCCGAACCGAGUCGGUCUGGGGUGGCCUGGUUAAGCAUCCACCAUAGUUGCUGGAAGAAAGCUGAAAAUGACAAUGUGAUCGGAAAAUAUCAGAGCCAGCAAAGUAUGGUUUGGGUUGGCUCAGUAGUGUGAAAAUAGUCAUUGUUUUACCUCAGACAUCCUAGCUCAGACCCUUAUGUUACACUACAGCAUUGAGAUACCAUUGCUACAAUGUUCCAGCAGUGUUGCAAGAAUGUUAUCCCUUGUAUGUGACCAGCAGACAGUGUUUUCUGUAACACACUUCCUCUCAAAACAACCCUAAAGCUAAACCUAGGUUAGCUUCGGUUCUGUAUUUGCUGAUAGUCGAACAGUCUGACUUGGCACAAAUGACUGUUCUAUUGGCAAGUGGACUUGCCAAUAAUUUUUAUGCUUUGCAAGUUUAUUUAACAAACUUUUUCAGAUGCCUGGUUGGAAGUGGAUGUUAAAUAUUGUACAGAGAAAUUGUAUGCUAUUGUCCCUCAAAUAAAGUAUAGUGACUGCUCA